GCAUCUACAACAAUUGCUUAAAUCAUGGAAUAGUAAAUGGAAAGAGCUUGCAUGUUGUGUAUCUCGUGACAUUUACCUUUAAAUUGAUUUUAGCAUGAUUAUAAACAACUAGAAUCAUUAAACUAUGCUGUUCCACUAGUGGAAGGAUUUCUUCAUCAUAUGCAAGUAUCAAACAAUAGGUCCGAUGAUGAGAUCAAAAGAACGAGUCCCACAAAGUACAACACCUAGAUUUUACAUUUUCCUGUUUUAUUGCUCUUUUCGGUAGAAUAAAUCAACCAAAAAUAGUCUAUUCCACUGCAGCUACUUGUGCUGCUUGCUUUUAAAUGAUCAGUGAACUGCCUAACCCCCUACAGUUGGAGCAUUAGUCCCACAAAGUUUUGCGCAGGUUCAAACUUUUUCGCCAUUGAAAUGUUAGCAGCAGCUGCUAGUUAUUAACAACAAGGAUGGGUCAUUAAUAAGUAAUACGCUCACGUGAUCUGUUUCCAAUCCCGGUCUGUGUAUUAAAUCUAUGGUGGUGGUGCCUUUGAUACACCCACACACUAUAGUACAAAUAUUAAUUAGAACAUGGCUUCGAGGGGAGUGUAUCAGGUAUAUACUGAAAAUGAUAUUCAUAGUCCCGAGGGCGGAGCCUAGCCAUAGGGACUAUGAAUAUCAUUUGAAGUGUAUACCAGAUACUCCAUGCUCUAACUGGCUUGUAUCCAGGGAAGCCAUAAGAUGCAAGGAAUAGAAAAGAUUAAAGUCAUUAGUAAGAAAUAAUGUUGAGCUUGCUGUGGAAGAUGAGGUAAAAGAUACAAAUGGUAAUCCUCCAGAGGAAGAGCAAUGCUCCUUAUGAAAGGAUCUUGCCUGAGCAACAUAUUGAAGAAGAAACCCGCAGGAAAAGAAGAAAGUGAAAGUUUCCAAGACUGUAUAAUAUAGAAUGAUGUCACAAUCAACUUCAUUAAUUUCAUGUUCAUUUAGUAAUGUUACUUCCUGUUGCAUAAUACAUUCCCCUGGCCACUUCAGGUUCAAUAUAUACAUAUAUUCCACUAGCCACUUCCUGUGAAAUAUAUCACAUACAGUCUAGUGAAAUGUCAAAGAUGUUCAUCUUUAUGUUGUUGCUGUGUUUAAUAGUUACCAUUGAUGAAGGAGAAGGAUCUUAUUGUAUGGCUGAUUGUACUGGAUAUAAACAUGAACCAUCACUGUAUCUAAGAGUAUGCUGUAUCAUUAGUAACUUAGGACAGACUGUUACCAUUAGAGGAAUUGGUACAACAAGAUAUAUUCUAUGUCCUAAAGUACGACCAAAGUCUUGUCCAUCAGAUAACAGAGACUGUAAGAGCUUGUUUGAGACUGGUUUUGAUAUAAGCGGUGUUUAUACUGUUAAUCCUGAUGGAGGGACUCCAUUUCAAGUAUACUGUGAUAUGAUUAGGAAGAUACCAAUAUAACUGGUAAUUUUCAAGGGGUAACAUUAAUUUUGGUAAGUUAGCAAAUAAUUUCUAGUGAUUGGCGGGUUCUAAGGAAUCAGUUCAGAGUCUAAUAAGGAGAGCAAUGGUCAUUGUGGUCAAUGCAUUUUAUUCACAGGAUACCAAAAUAUAUUUUAUAACUAGACGAAUGUAAAACAUUAGUGCUCCACCCCAGCUACACUAUCAUGAAGAUGAGAUUAUUUAACUUUAAAAAUAGUUAGAUGAUCCUAUACUGCCCGUAC